GGAAGAUAUGGGUGAGGGAAGCUUUAUAUGUCUCAUAACUUUAUUGUUGUUGUCGAAUCAGUUUGGAAGUGUUAAUACAUUCUUAUAUUUUGAUACGGAGUGUGUACAAUGGAAAAUUAUUCUCGGCAUUUUAUCUUCUUUACUCCUAUCAGGACAAAACGUUUCAGAUGAAAACCUUGCGAUUGUUAUAACAGUGAUCUUUUUUAUACCAUGCCCAAAUAUUCAAGGAACAGAUCCGAACAACUCUAGAACUAGAUCACUAGCAUCAGCGGAAAUCAUAACCAGUGACAAGAGUUCUAUAUCCACUGUAACUCCUGUCGCGCCUAAUUCUCUCCUGACGUCUGCUACCCCUACCACGCCAAACGUCCCCUCCACGUCCGUCCACCCAGUCACUACUGUGACCCCUUACCCAAUCAUUCCAGUAUUAUAGAAAUUCCAAUUUACAUUAUAAUGAGAAGCUGAUGGUCGUUCAAAUAUAAGGUCUAAU